CCUUCCUGUUUUCUUCCGGGGAGAUUGUGGAGAGGGCGUUCCUUGAUGAACCUCGGCAGCCUCCGUUGCCGGUAGCUCUAAGGUUCCGGUGGAGAUGGAGGUGAACCCACCAAAACAGGAGCAUUUACUCGCGCUAAAAGUGAUGAGGUUGACCAAGCCUACUUUAUUCACCAAUAUUCCAGUAACAUGUGAAGAUAGAGACUUACCAGGCGAUCUCUUUAAUCAGCUCAUGAAAGAUGAUCCUUCCACUGUAAAUGGUGCAGAAACUUUGAUGCUUGGAGAAAUGUUGACCUUGCCUCAGAACUUUGGAAAUAUAUUUUUGGGAGAAACCUUUUCCAGUUACAUCAGUGUUCACAAUGAUAGCAACCAGAUUGUAAAGGACAUAUUGGUAAAGGCCGAUCUCCAGACAAGUUCUCAACGUUUAAAUCUUUCAGCUUCCAAUGCUACAGUUGCGGAACUUAAAUCUGAUUGUUGUAUUGAUGAUGUCAUCCACCAUGAAGUGAAAGAAAUUGGAACACACAUCUUGGUGUGUGCAGUCAGCUACACUACUCAGAGUGGAGAAAAGAUGUACUUUAGGAAAUUCUUCAAAUUUCAGGUUCUUAAACCUUUGGAUGUGAAAACCAAGUUUUAUAAUGCAGAGAGUGACCUCAGUUCUGUGACAGAUAAAGUAUUUCUUGAAGCCCAAAUUCAAAACAUUACAACCUCACCUAUGUUUAUGGAGAAGGUUUCAUUGGAGCCCUCUAUGAUGUACAAUGUAGUAGAACUAAAUGCUGUGAAACAGGCUGGUGAAGAAGGUGUGUCCACAUUUGGCUCAAGGACAUAUUUGCAACCAAUGGAUACCCGGCAGUACUUAUACUGUCUGAAGCCCAAGCAAGAAUUUGCAGAAAAAGCUGGAAUUAUUAAGGGAGUAACAGUAAUCGGCAAAUUAGACAUAGUGUGGAAAACAAACUUGGGUGAAAGAGGAAGAUUGCAGACCAGCCAACUACAGACAAUGGCCCCAGGUUACGGUGAUGUUAGGUUGUCUUUGGAGGCAAUCCCAGAUACUGUAAAUCUGGAAGAACCCUUUCAUAUUACUUGUAAAAUAACAAACUGCAGCAGUGAAAGGACCAUGGACCUGGUUUUGGAGAUGUGUAAUACAAAUUCCAUCCACUGGUGUGGAGUUUCAGGAAGACAACUUGGAAAGCUAAAUCCAAGUUCAUCUCUUUAUCUUGCCCUUACGCUGCUUUCUUCUGUACAGGGACUGCAAAGUGUCUCUGGCUUACGACUAACAGACACAUUCUUGAAGAGAACAUAUGAAUAUGAUGAUAUUGCCCAAGUCUGUGUGGUGUCAUCAUCUAUUCAAGUAGAAGGCUAAAGAAAGUCUUUUGUCUUCGUGAUUUCUAUGGCAUUUCUUUAAACAACUUUUUCUAUUUUUUAAUGUUUAACCAUCAGGUUAUAUUAGGAACAUAAGUACAUCACAAUCAAUUUUAUUAUUAUUUAAGUUUCUUCCUUGAGACAGUUAUGAGACUUUGGAUAUUCUAGACACUCUAUGUUAUAUUUUAAAGGGAGCUCUCUCUUGACUUUAUCUUCUGUAAGACAAUAAAUUAUGAUUCUUCACAUCUAUAUUUUCUGCAGUAUUAGCUCAUUUGGACUCAUUGUGGGUAGGCACCAGAUCCCUUCCUUCAUCAGAAGCUAGCACUUGAAAAUGAUGGGGCCUCGCUGUUAAGAGUCCCUAACAAUGCAGUUGUCAUUCUUCAUUCAACUCUAGGUGGCAACCUAGAGAUAAUAGAAUGCUUUCACUUAGAAGGUUUAUGGAAUUUUAACUAUUGCCGCUUAUAUAAAGAAGUCAUAACUGUUUUAUCCUGCUUAUCCCUCUCUCCAUCCCCACCCCAUUCCCCAGCUUCUCAGAGUAGACAAAAUUCUCCAGGACAGUGUUUAGAAUGACUAAGGCCAGUCUUCCUCAUUUAAUCUGUGAUAUUUACUACCUAGAUGUACAAGUGCUUGUCUAAUAGGCUUAGCAAAAUUAUUGGGAAUGUUAGGAGGUGCUUUAUAUUUAAAACCCAUGAAGCUUUCUCUUUUUCUCCUGAUAUUAACAGUUUUGUAAUAGUCAUAGCAACAAGGUCAGAAUUGGUCAAGUUCCAACAGUUAUUCCUCCCACAAUUGGGCCUUGUUAUAACUAUGUGAUAACUUAGUCUUCUUAUUACUAAAUAAGGAGUCUAAUGGAAUUUUCCCAUCUCUCAAAGCCAGGAAAUGAUUUACUGCAAUCUAAAAUCUACCACUUUUGCCAUGAUGAUUUUUAAUGCUCUGAUGUUUAUAUCUCUUGUGUUUGAAGUAUAAGGGCUGCUUAUAUUUAUUUUUUCAUGAUAAAUUGCUCCUUCGUUAUGUUUAAUCACCAAACUUGAUUAUCACUGUCAUGCAGCCAAAGAAGAUGCUGAAAAUAUGGUGAUAUGAAGUUUUUUAUGAAAUAAUAAUAAAGCCAUUUGGACAGCGUCAGCAAAAUAAAAGCUCAAACCAUUAUGUAAAAAGCAAUACUAUUUUUGGCAAGCUGAAAUAAUUUAAAACUAUACAUGCAAUUUAAGUGUGUGGCUUAAAUAAUUUAAAAAACAUCCAUUUGUUUUAAAUGCAUAAGUAUUUAUUAAUUACCAUGACAAACUGUUGUUGGCCUAAAAUGAAAGUGAUUUCAGAACAUGGUUUGCCAUUUUAAUUGGAAUAAUCCGUAUGAAAUGUCCUCGGUGUAAAAUAAAGUGCAAUUAGUUAAAAUUA